AACUUAAACUUAAAAACAUAAACAUGGAAACCAAGUUUUGGUUGUUUUAAAGCUUCUAGAAUUAAAGUUUGAUUGCUUACUAUCAAGUGAAAUUGAUGAGUUUUUCUGUCGCUGCCUGCCAGAUUCAAUCAAGUCAUUGUUGUUGUGCCAAGUAUUUCUGCACUUUCAACAGUCUAUAGAAAGUGCACAGCUUCAGUUCAGUCCAACUGAGCUCAUUCCAAUGGACUGACAAAUGAUUAAUUACCAAAGUAUACAAUUUAAAUGACAAUCAGUCUUACAGCAUUAAUCCAAGACUUUCUUUCCUUGUACCAAACGUCGUUCUGUCUGAAUGUGAGUGUUGUUCUGUUUUACCUCGACAGGCUGCUUAGUGACAUGGUGAUGCAUUUUCCAGCGUCUCAGGAGGAAAUCACUCUGUCGGUUACUCCUCUGAGAGUCACUCUUAAAAACUUCUAUGAGGCGGGAAGCGGUAAGCUGAUGUUACACAAUGAUUCGGCCAUUAACCAUGACAAUCCUGUAGAGACAAAUAUCAUUAAAAAGCGUCUCUGUUGUAACUGCUUUGAGACUUAACGUUUUAUGACAUAAGCUGACUAUUCAAAUGCAGAACAAUUGUUCAACCACAUCAAUAAAAACCCAGCAGACACUGUUUAACUUGGAUGCACUUCUGUCGCAGAUCACAUGAAGAUGGUGUACACUGAGAUGUCUCUACACCCAGACGAGUUUGACUGCUUUCAGGUCGCAGUGGAGUCAGAUGUAACCUUCUGUCUGAAGGAGUUGAGGGUAACAGGGUUAUUUUUGGAGCGCUUUUUAUCCUGUCACAUGAGAAUAUUGGAUGUGUGUAUGUUUGUGAGUGUAUGCAGAGAGCAUGUGUGCGUGUUUGUGUCCAGGUCGUCAGUAUGUCAUGUUGAACAUGGAUACUCAUAUAUCCUCCUCUGCACGCAGCAUUCUGUUUCUUUUCCACGCGAACUUUCCCCUCGCCGCUGUGACUCAUCUUUAUAGCAAAAGAUAGUGUGACAGAAGUGACGCAUAUGACACCCGUGCGUAGGAAAAGUAAAGAGAGAUGCAAUCCAUCAGCCAAUUUGAGAUGUGUCAAUCUCAGACUGAGUAUACAUGUGUCAUCACUCAAGGGCUGGCUCAGCUUUUGUUUGGUUUAACUGUUUGCGAUUUGCAUAAUAGCGAAACAGCAUCUAGGUUAACUAUGACAGUGUCUACACCUAAAUCAAAUACUCAAAUUUGUGCUGAGCCAGUUUAUAGGACCUGACCUGCAUUACCACAACUCUUAUCCCUAAUGUCUUGGAAUGUGUCUUGGAAAACCUGCUGUGAAGCUUCUGGCUAGACGACCUAGUCUUCUAGUUCCUGUUUGUUUUAUGAAAUCUGGUUCAAAUGGAUUAGAAGUCAGACUUUAAGUUUCAGUGGCCCCUUAAUUUUGCUGAUAUUUCUCAUAAACUUGAAACGACAUUUUCUCUUCAAAUGGUCGGCUUUUAUCAUUGUUAGUGUAGGAUCCACCCAAAUUUACCUGAGAUUUUUGCACCCGUGUGUUUUCCAGGGUUUCUUGUCCUUUGCAGAGUCACAUUGCCUUCCAGUGUCAGUCCACUGCAGCGCUGCAGGAAAGUAAGUCUCUGUCGUUUUUAUUAGCUUGAGCAGUAUUCUGAUCCGGAGUUCCAAGAACCAGAGUCAGUCUGUAUUUCAGUACCACAGACACUUCAAACGGAGGGUGUAAUUUACACAAGACAACCUCAAAUUUCAGCCUUGAAAUGCUGCCUGUGGCGAGUUCAGUCUGGUCAUAUGACGAGACAUUUCCCACCGUGGGCGGCACGAAAUAACAAAACACAAGGUGGAUUAAAAACAGGAAGGGUGUCCGCUGAUUAUCGUGUUAUCUCAGUGUGCAGUGAAUGUUGUUUGCAGGCCUGUUUGCUUCUCUGUGGAGGACUUGGCCCUGGAGGCCACUGUGGUGUUGGCGACUCUGACGGACUCUGAGAGCAGGGAACCCUCUCAGCCAACAGCGAGCCAGACCCACACCACACCCAGGUAAAAAGUCAGGGCUGAUUUAAAUCGCUGUUUACAUUAAUCAGAUUUUUUUAUAUAUAUAUUUUUGAGCAGAUAUUUUCUCUGUCGGACAAUGUCUGUACAUCUCCUAGUGACAGAGUAGAGCAGACUAGUGUUGGAUCUUCCCACGUGGCUCUACCUGAGCUUCUCUCCUGGCACUCAGUCAAGACAGUUUGCCCUCAUUGGCUUUUUUUUUUAGCUUCCUAAGAGGGCAUAGUGUUACGGCGACAGGCCUUGUGUCUGUAACAGAGAUAAAUAGGGCAGGCCCACAUGUAGGGUAAGGUUAGAAGCCUGUCAGUAUCACAGUCUGUAAUCCCCUCAUCUCUGCUAUUGUAUCCUGCUGGGUCGUUCUGUCAGUGUCCCUUUCCUGUCCCGCUCUUUCUCUCUCUCUUUGUCAUAGUAUGCGUUCUUUGGGCUCUGGGUGGUUCCUGUCACACCGGUCCCUGUUGUAGUGUUGAACAUCUGGGUCAUUAUAACUAGGUUUGCUUACAUGCACUGCUGGAAGUCUGUAGAGGCAGACCUUAGCCCUCAGGGCCUGUGUCUUCACUGCACAGGAAUUCAGCCACACCGCACACUCUCUUAGCCAUCUUUAUUAUAUCUAUGUUCUGAUCAUUGGGACAUUUCUGAGCAAAUGUGGUACGGUGUUUACAGCUGUCACACUCUCUUAAGAGAACUCGUUUGCCUCGGAGACAGAAACAAAGAGCCUGAAGUUGUGUGGAGACAGCUUUAAAGCCAAUCUUGUUCACUUCUUGCUGAGUUCUCCUUUGUGGAUCUGGUUUGAUUACAUAACUAAGGUCGAUGACGCCGAUGUAGUUUAGUUUUGUUGUUGCUCAUUGAAUGCUUAAGGCUAUUUUAGAAUCAGCUGAUUUAGCGCCCUGUUGAUGGAUGUCUUUGCAAAAGUAGAAUAGAACAUUUUGUCAAACGGUUACACAACAUUGUUAUUCUUUCUUUAUUACUUUUGCCAGUUUGAUGAUAAAAUACACACUUUGAUAUUUGUCUUCACUCUCUGGUUCUUGUCUCUGUUCAUGAUUUUCUCUCUGGCCUGGAGGAGGUUCUGUGCCUUUUUUCCUUCCCUGUCAUUUUGAACAUGAACCCUAUUUUCACUCCCUCUCUUAGACAUGUCAGUAGAGCCCACCCCUCCCCGCAUGCUCAGCAGCUACUUUCACAGAGACAUGCUGGAAAUUCACUUCCCAGUCUCCAUACUGGUAGAAUUAUCAGCUCACUGCCAAUGAUAAUGGCAGAAUGCACGACAAUUAAACCGCACUUGGUGUCGCAGCUGUUUUUGGUGGCUCAGAAACCGACUAUUAGCUCUGGAAAUGAUAGUGAUGUGUGUGUUCGUUCUCAGGUGUGCAGAGGCUUCUCAUCUUGCUGUGGGUUCGUGUGAGGCAAACAUCCGGGAGCCUCGGGGUACUCCUGCUGUGACAGAGCUGGUAGCAUCCAGCCAAGGCAGCCCCAUACCGCCUCGAACUGAUGGACUCUGGCUGCCUGUGGAGGACUGUACCAAUGCCCCCACGACUCCUGCCUCCUCCAUGGUAACGAGACCUUUCAGUUGAUUUUAAAGUAAUACAGGGAACUGUGUUACAUGUGCCCACUGCUUGGUCCCUCAUGCCUGAAGGCUCUUUAGUAUUGUCAAGUUGAGAGGCGAGAAAUCUAUCAGUGUUUUCCUCCGAUCAAUCCCUUAAUUAUGUCAAGAACAAAAUGUCCUGCUGGAUUGGAUUUCACUCAAAAUGACCCUGCAUGUGAGAGACGUGUUAAUAUAAUACGAAGCCCUAAAAUCGUACUUUCCUGUCAUUUGAUUUUACUUUUAUCUUUUAUGUCAUCUCUUAUUUUCUCUCUUAUUUCGGCUUUACUUACAUAUACUUCAAGUCUUUUCAUAAUUAACCUCUUAGGCCUUUUAUUGUUUUAUCUCUUGCUCAUUUCUGUUGUUCUAUUUUAUCAUUACUAUUAUUAUCAUUAUUAAUAUUGUCUUAUAUAUUUACAUCCUGUUUUCUGCUUUCAACUCCCUUUUUUUUUGCAUUUUCUUUGUCUUACCUAUUUUAUAUGUUAUAUAUUUCUAUGUGCUUUAUGACUAUUUAUCAAAGCACUUUGUAAACUUCUGUUUUUAUAAGUGCUAUAAAAAUAAAGUUAUUAUUUUAUAUUCUGCUGUAUCACGGGUUGUUUCUUUUUCUUUUGUAGGUCUGCUCCCUCCUGUUUAGGGCCUUGUUCUCAGAGCAGGACAGCGAUCCAGCUAACCUGACUGUUCUGGCAUGUUACAGUGACGAAGAAGAGGAAAAUAUGGAGGAAGAGUUCGCGAGAAGCCCCUCACUUUGAGAGCUUUUAGUGAUGCUGUUUAAACACUUCAUUGUUGUCAGAUCGGACAUAGAAUAAGUUUUUGUAAUAUUUAAAGCAUAUUUAUAACUUAAUUGUUGGUUUUCCUGUCUCAUUAAUUUCCCUAUGGUUGGGGAUUCAAGUUUGUUCAUUUUGAAUAGGAUUUGUCAGAGUUAAAUACAUUUAUAAAUAAAUAAAAAAGAUAAUUUCA